AUGGAACUCAGCAAUCAAACACUGGUGACAGAGUUCAUUCUACAGGGUUUUUCUGAACCACCUCCAUUUCAGCUGUUGCUAUUUAUCUCUUUUCUUUUUCUGUACCUCAUGGCCUUUACAGGCAACAUGCUCAUUGUCGUGGCCAUAUGUCUGAACUCAAAUCUUCAUACCCCCAUGUAUUUUUUCCUUGCCAAUUUGGCCAUCAUAGACAUUGGUUGCACAUCCACAGUUCUGCCCAAAUUGUUGGAGAAUUUUGUUGUGGAGAAGAAAUCCAUUUCAUAUAAUGGCUGUAUGACUCAGUUAUAUUUCUUCUCUUGUUUUUUGGGGACUGAACUUUUGCUUUUCACAGCCAUGGCUUAUGAUAGGUAUGUGGCCAUCUGCCACCCCUUACGUUAUAGUAGCAUGAUGAACAAGAUGGUUUGCAUGUUUUUAGUGGGUAGCGUAUGGGCCACUGGCAUUCUCAGCUCAUCGCUACAAACUAGCCUGAUGUUACGAUUAACUUUCUGUGGUCCCAAUCAAAUUAAUCACUUCCUGUGUGAAGUCCCCACUUUAUUACUACUCUCCUGCAGCUCUACAUACUUGAACAACAUCAUGAUAGUCAUUGCAGAUGUGUACUUUGGAGUUGUCAGUUUUGUGCUCACUAUGGUGUCAUAUGGCUUCAUCAUCUCUAAUAUCCUGAAGAUCCGCACUAGGGAGGGGAAAAAGAAAGCCUUUUCUACAUGCUCUUCCCACCUCAUCGUGGUCACCAUAUAUUAUACCACAAUCACAUACACUUACAUGCUUCCAGGCUCCAGUUCUUCAAUGGAUAAUGGCAAAGUGGUUGCACUCUUGUACACCACAGUCAGUCCCACUUUAAAUCCUCUUAUCUACACAUUGAGGAAUAAGGAUUUCAAAACAGCUCUCAAAAAAUGUUUCCGUCUAUUUGGUAAAUAA